AUGACAGCCAAGUGGGGCUCCACGUCGAUGUGGAGGAAUAUUGUCGCUUUUUGCCCAACCACCUGGGUCAUACCGCAUGCGUACGAGGGCGAGCAGGACAUGGAAAAGAGUGAAAAGAGUGAGCAAGAUGCUCGGGUCCCGCAGCGCGUAACCAACAUGAAGGAGAAGAUGAGCUUGAUUGUGCCCUUGCUCAAGUUGAUGAUCCCGCUCUCCGUCGUCUACUUUGCCGAAUACCUCAUCAACCAGGGAUUGACGCAACUCAUCUACUUCAACUGCAAGGAGGGCUUCCGGUUGUCGAAGAGCAGCCAAUAUCGGUGGUAUCAGGUCCUGUAUCAAGUCGGUGUGUUCUUCUCCCGCUCGUCGGUCAACAUCAUCGAGUUGCCGUUGAUCGUGCUGUUUAUUUUGCCGAUAUUGCAGCUCGGUAACGCGGUGUUCUUCUUCUUCGAGGCGCGGUACGCCUUCUUGCCGCACAUCUCGAUCGUGUUCGCCCUGAUCCUGGUUGAGGGCUUCUACGGCGGCGCCAGCUAUGUCAACACGUUCAACUGGAUUCAUAAGAAUAUACCCCCCGACGUGAAGGAGUACUCCUUAUCGAUCGCCUCGAUGUCGGACGCCUUUUGGGAUCGUUCUAUCUGCAUUUACGGCAAUAGGGACAAGGACGACAUCUCGUCGAAGAAGCUCUACUUCGAGGAGCACCCCGGCGAGCUCGCCAAGUUUUUGCCAGCCGAACUCGACGGCAACUUCCAAGCGCUGCGCCUGUUGACGUUCUACUCGCGCCCAAACUACCGUACCGUCUACGAGGGGCUGCUCGCCAUCAUGAAGAGGAAACCCGUCGCGGCGGUGAAACUCGGGCAGAAAUGCGUCAAGGGAGGCUGCACCGGAGUGCGUGAGUUUCAGCCGAAUUUAUCCCCAAACAUCGUGCUUCCCAGGCCUCUGACCGGUCUGCAGGAUGGCCAAAGGCUCAGCAUUGGAGUGAAGGAGGACGGCGCGAUGCCGCCCGGAGACACCGAA